CCAAUCCAACCUUACUCAUACCAAUAGUCCAAGCAAACAUGCCACCCAAAAGAGCAGCCACGAAACGUCAAUACUCGGCCAUAGACAUCGACUCAGACGCCGACUCCUCAGCCUCCGAAUCCACAUCCCGCGCCGCACCCAAAAGAAAAGCUCCCGUCAAGAAGACCACCACAUCCACCACAAAACCCACCCCAGCGAAAAAGGCAACCGCGACAAAAGGCCCCACAGUAGCCAAAACAUACAAAGAUGCCAUCAAAGCACUAGAAACCGCUCUCAAAUCCCUCGACGCCAAAGUCCGAAAAAUGUCCCCGAACAGCCGAGCCAUCACUACAGAUACAUAUGCAGAUAUGGCUUCCAAACACUUGAAAGCUGUAAAUGCAUUGGAGAAGAUGGAGGGAGGGUUGGUGUAUGCGUUUAAUAUGGCAAUGGCGGUGGCGGAUGCGUCGCAUACGGAUUGCGAUACUACGCCUAAGAUGGGCGGGUUUGGGGAUAGUGAAGGGCCUUUUAAGGAAAUGGAUGGGAUCUUGGUCAGGUUGAUUGAAGGGAGGAAUGAAGAGGCGCCGGCGAAGAGACAGGAGGGGUUGCCUACGGUGCGGAAGAGAUGGACGAGAGCGGAUGGCGAUGUGGGUGAAUUCAAGACGGGAAGGCCUAACAAACAACAGUAUGGACAGCUGCAAAGACAGAAGCUGGCUUGGGAAAACGAGAGACGGGAAGAGAGAAGGGAAAGAAGAGAAAGCGUUAACGACUGGGUUACAGUGGCGCUACAAGAUUUGAAAGAGGAGAGGGAUUACCUUGCGGAGUAUGGUGUGGAGAAGUACUUCCCGAAAAGUAUUGCGAGAUUGGAGGAGCUGCUAGGCUCCGAGACUGAUGCUGCUGCUGCUGGUGCUGGAGAUGCUGCCUGAAUCACGAGCGGUACAAAGUCCAUUCUCCUUCCUUGAUAUCUCCCUCCUGUGCCGAUCUGAACAGUCCUUCUCUUUCGACUUCCACCCUCAAAUGAACGCCGUUAGUAUCUGUAACAUCUUCUCCGGAGAUCAGACAUCCCGAACAUCGAUCCAAACACCCUCCUGGUU